UGUUUCUUUUUCCCCCUAGAGGACUGUAUGUUUAACUUGUGGUGACAAAGGAGAUGAAGGGCUUCUUAUCUACUGUAUCAACUGCCAAGAUUCUGCAGCACACUUGUAUGUCCUCUCAUUAACUAAAUACUUCUUUUCUUGGAUUUGAUAAAUUAAACGUUUGGAUUGCUUUCCUAUUGGGAUGAUCUUUCAAGUACUGUGCAUCCAUCCCUCUUGGCAGAUGAUGUCAAUCCAAUUUGAACAUACUAAACUGUGAAAGCUAUUGCCUCGAUGAUUUCUCCUCAACUGAUGACCAGUCUGGUUGGAAAUGUUGGGAUUGUGCACCCAGAAUAUACAAGGUUGAUUCAUUCAGAAAAAGUGAAAGAAUAAGUAUGAGGAUAGAUAGAGCUAUUGAUGUUCGGAUGAAAUUGGAGAAGAAACUGUAUUCAAGGAGUUCACUUGCAGGAAGGAAAUUUGUUGCAACAAAUCAUGGAAUGGUGGAAACACCUCAGCUGUCGGGAGAUAGUUCUUCACCAGUUCUGUGUAUGAAGAACUCGUCUGACAGCAAUGAUGGGAAUAUUGAACUUAGGGACUAUGAUAGGCUUAAAGAAAGGUUUGACAAAGUUGAAGCAGAAUCCUUUCCAUUUACUUCUAACAUCCAUGAUAGUGGUUUUUCUAGUCCAAAGAGGAUAAAUUAUGGAAUGACUGAAACUGCUCAAUUGGAAGAUGAUUCUUCAACAUUAAUUGACAGGAUAACGAACGUCCACUCAUUUGCUGAACUUCCAAGAAAUGAAGAGCUCAGAAACAGGAGGAGGAGGAGGAGGCUAAUGAUUGAUGACAGCUGCAGUUCUGAGGAAGACAAUCCAAUUAAUGUUAAAGAGUCUUCUCUGGCUUUUCAAGGAUAUGUUGGUCCACUAAAUACGUCAAAUAGAAAGAGGAGGCUAAUGAUUGAUCAUAGCAGUUGUUCUGAGGAAGAUUGUACAAUCAGUGUUGAAGAGUCUUCUGUAGCUUCUCAAGAACAUGUUGGUCCACUUAAUACAUCUAACGGUCAGCUCUCAUCACAACCUCACCGCCAAUUGUUUGCACGGUCAUUAAUGAAUCCAAUUUGGCGAGGUUCCUUUAGCAUUACACGGGAAAAAAAUCAGACCAAUCUUGGUAUCUUAGCCCACUUGUCAAGGAAAGCUUGCUCGAAGGUCUCUGACAUGGCAAUUAUGCUGCCUCCAGAGCUUGUAGCAGAAGUUCUAGCCAAACGCCGCGUGUGGCCAAAGAGUUUCCAGAAUGUGCCACCAACAGAUGGUAGUAUUGAUUUGUUCUUCUUUCCGGAGUAUGAAAGGGAUGAGAGAGUUUACGAUGGCCUUCUUGAUGACAUGAUUGAAGGUGAUAAUGCUUUGAAGGUCAUGAUGAAGGAUUUGGAACUUUUGAUCUUUUCCUCUCGUGAAUUGCCACUAGAGCACUGGAGAUUCCAGCAGAAAUAUUAUUUAUGGGGUGUCUUCCAGAAAGUGCAUAGUUCUCUUCCUGUUAACAAUAGCAGCAAUGAGACUAUAACGCCUUCCAAACAAAGCAACCAAUCUGGAUAUAGUUCUCCUAGUCAUAAUAAACCUAAGCCUGAUCCGACCUUUCAAAUUUGCCACCACCCUUCUAGUACAAGUGGCUGUCCCUUCCCUAAUACGCAGUAUACUGCUUUCCUUAACACAAGUAGAAGUUCCUCAGAAGAUUCUUCAAUAUCUUCCACUAGUAUUAGCGUAGCAGAGAAAACAGCCAGCAGUUGAAGAAACACAGGCUGAAGAGCAAUGACACUGAGAUGAAUGCAGGAUAGAUGCAUUUCAUGAUAGCUACAUGCAGCAGGAAGAAAGAGCUUUGCACAUUCUUUAGAUUUGAUAAGUAUAGAAAUGAUCUAGUUAGGUAUACUCUGUUUCUUUAUCUAGAUGUCAUCAUACAAGUAGAAAUGAAACUCUCCAUUACGACUACUCUGACAUGGCGAGGAAAGUAUCUUCUUUGAUGGUCACUUUCCUCAGAAGCAUUAUUUCUGGUGCUUUGGAGCUUUUCUUGUUAGAUUUGACCUAGACAAGUGACUUGCACAACUGGUGAUAUUGAAA